CAGUGCAAUUAAUAGACUGUCUCAUCGUUUGAAGCAAAGGGAGCAACCGGAAAUGGAAGGGAUCUCUCUUGGUAAACAGAUGCGGAAAGAAGUGAGGCAUUCAACGACGAAACAUCUCCAUCCGAGAGAGAUCGAAUAUUUUGGGAGCUCCUCUGAUCGCGCCAGGUUUCUGGGGCACGACCUUGAAUGCACAGAAACGCGUUAACGUUUUUCGCGUGUCCUCCGCAAAUGUUAUGCAGAACCGGUAGGAGAUUUCACGGAGCUAUGAGGAAGCAAUGUUACUAUUCGCCGUUACAAGUCACGCAUCGCAUCUAUACCCGCGUAAUGGCGAGACGCAGUAUUCAAGCGGCAUCCAAAGGAACAAGAGGACUAAAAGGAGACGCAAAAGGAGCGAAUGAUGAGAAACGGAAAGGAGGCAGUGGUCACGCAUCGCGGCUAAUGCUUUUCGUGACGAAGGAGAUAAGGGAGGGGAAGGCCUCGACCCGCGGCACAUGGCUCAUUAAAUGCACGUGCUAA